GGUGGCGCGUCUGGCACCUGGAGACGUGCAGCUCUCCGCGCGUAAGGAGGACGCAGCCGUCAGCCGCCGAGGAGUCGCGGGACACGCAGGGGCACUAUAACGCCCGGCUGGUCAACUUUUAUAUUCGCGAUUCAUCAGUUAUCGCGUGAUUAAUUUUUAGAUGGGAGAGCGAGUGACGCGGACGCUUCUGCGGUGGGAUAUCGCGGUAUAUGAUGAAAGGCGGACGUGAAUCGAAGACGUCGUCAUAACAUGAGCCAGCCGCCGCGGGCAGAGCACAGCUCAUCCCACUGAGAGUCCAACGUCGCUACACUCAAAAUGGAGUCCUACUCGUCGGCGCUGAACCGCAGCCAAUCAAUGACCAGCGGGCUGGAGAAGGCGCCGCCCUCCUGGAACAAGCCCUGCCACUCACGGAGCAGCAGCACUGCCUCGUCCCCCCAGUCCAGACAGAACAUCAAGGACUGGGAGGUGAUGGACGAGCUGCCCAUGGAGGUGCAGACAGGAAGUGACAAACCUCCGGACAUGACGGUUCCUGGCAUCUGUGAGGGCUACAUGCUGAAGAGGAGGAAGUGGCCACUGAAAGGCUGGCACAAGAGAUACUUUGUUUUGGAAGCAGGGAUUUUGCGGUAUUCCAAAAAUCAACAAGAUAUCUCGAGGGGUAGGAUCCAGGGCUCGCUGGACGUCAGCGUGGCUGUGAUGUCCAUGAACAAGAAGACCUACCGCAUCGACCUGGACACGGGCGACAUCCUGUACCACGUCAAGGCGAAGAGCCACGAGCUGUUCUUUAUCUGGGUCACGAAGCUACAAGCUCACCGGCUUUACAAGAAGAACGAGGCUCUCGGUCACAACGGCUACCUCCAGGCCGGCCCUCCGGCGGGAUUAGCCCAACAGAAUGGAGACUUGCCACUGUACCCCCAUUACCAGAGCUCCCCGGGCCUCUACUCGGGGCCCGCGGCCAGGCCCUCGGAGGGGCCCCAUGCAGCCAGGGCGUCGGAGGACCCCGAGGGGGCCAGCAACGAGGCCAACGGAAAGGUGUCUGCCUGGCUGCAGCAGAGCCAGGACCCUGACAGCUGCGUCGCAGAGCUGAACCGCUGCCAGCUGGACGUUUCUGAGCUGAGCCGUCUGGCCGAGAGGCUGCAGGCCCUGGAGAACCGCAAGCCCAUCUCCAACGGAGAGCUGCAGCGCAUCAUCAGCAUCCAGAACCUCUGCCUGGAGAAGCCAAAGAAGUCCAAGUCCUGCCGGGUGUGGGGUCACUCCCGGACCCUGUCCCGGGUGGAGGCGCUGGGGAUGCCAAUUCGGGGGAUUACUAAAUCGCUGUCCUCCAGCCACCUGAGCACCUCCUCCGUGGCCUCCAUCCCCGACUACGUCUGCUCCCAGCUCUCUCCUCCCAGCGGGGAGUCCAACGAGAGCCGCAAGACCCAGCAGGACUUCUGCACCGUCUCUCUGAGAGUGCUGGCCUCGCUCAAGACGGUCCAUGACGCGCUGGCGGCGGAGCGGCAGAGGCUCCAGGAGGCGUGGGGGCCCAACGCCCCCCCGGAGGCGGGGGCGGCAGCAGGGGGCCGUCCGUCCCGCGGCACCCCCUCGUUGAGCGACUCGGUCGAAGAGUUCUUCGACGCCAGCGAUGACGUCCAGCGUGCCAGCUGGUCGGAAGCGUCUGACGAAUCAGGACUCAGCGAAGGAACCACCAGCAACUCUGAGCCGGACGAGGGACGCGCGUCAGAAACCGUCAAGUACCGGGCGAGCUUGUCCCAGACGCCCAGCACGCUGGUCCCCAAGACCACGGGGGGGCGGCGCAGCGUGCUGCCAGCCCACUGUCCAGACAACAGCCACGUGGGCCUCAUGGCCAUCCUCUACAACAACAUCGGUAAGGACCUGUCCAGAGUGUCCAUGCCCGCCCCUCUGAACGAGCCCGUCAACCUGCUGCAGAGGCUGUGUGAGGAGCUGGAGUACUCUGAGCUGCUGGACACGGCCAGCAGGACGGCAGACCCCUACCAGAGGAUGGUCUAUGUCGCUGCCUUCGCCAUCUCCGGGUAUUCUUCUGCGAUCUUCCGGAACCGCUACAAGCCCUUCAACCCGGUGCUGGGGGAGACCUAUGAGUGUGUGAGGGAAGACCGCGGGUUCAGGAUGAUCAGCGAGCAGGUCUCCCACCAUCCGCCCAUCUCCGCCUGCCACGCGGAGUCAGACAACUUCUCCUUCUGGCAGGACCAGCGGUGGAAGAACAAGUUCUGGGGGAAGUCGCUGGAGAUCGUGCCGACGGGAAUGGUGAACCUCAAGAUCCCAAGCUACGGCGACCACUACGAGUGGAACAAGGUGGUGACCUGCAUCCACAACGUGCUGAGCCAACAGCGCUACCUGGAGCACUACGGGGAGGUGACCAUCACCAACCUCAGCAGCCCGUCCUGCACCUGCAGGAUCACCUUCGUUAAGGCUCGCUACUGGGGCUCGGAGACCACCAAGAACGAGGUGCAGGGCACGGUGUUGGACCAGGGCGGCAGCAUCAUCCACCGCUUCGGGGGUCUGUGGCACGAGGGCAUCUACUGCGACACGCUCCCCACGCCCAAGUGCAUCUGGAAGCCCAACCCCCAGCCCAAAGACCACCUGCUGUACUACGGCUUCUCCCUCUUCGCCAUCGAGCUGAACGAGCUGACCCCCGAGCUGAAGACCCUGCUGCCCCCCACCGACAGCCGGCUGCGCCCCGACCAGCGGAUGCUGGAGGACGGGAUGGUGGAGGAGUCGGACAAGAAGAAGGACGAGCUGGAGGAGAUGCAGCGGGAGAGACGGAGACAGAUGACCAAGAGAGGGGAGGAGCACAUCCCCCGCUUCUUCAAGCAGGGCCGGGACGCCGCCGGCCGGGACGCGUGGGUCACCAACGGAAGCUACUGGAAGCUCCGCGAGAAGCCGGGCUUCGCCAACGUAGAGAGGAUGUCUCUAUGGUGACCCCUCCCCCCCCGCCCACGAGGAGGAGGAGGAGGAGGGAGAGAUGAAGAUCCUUCGAGGAUAUGAGCUGGCUGGGAGCCCAGCGGAGCAGAGAGCCUGCUGGGAUCUUUACCUUCUCUGAACACGUCUAACCCCUCUGACCCAGCCUUUCAGAAAUGCUCUCCGAUUAAUUUGUUGUCAUUUUGGGCGUGGCCCCGCCCCCCCUCCAAAACGCCCCCCCCCCCCCCCCCACCCAGAACAAUAGAAUAGUUAACAGGUUACCAGGAAACCAGGUAAACGCAGAGCCAAGCUCAGGUGUUCCCUGCAAAAGCAGCAGUCGGCCUAUAGAGGGCGCCCUCUAACAUGCAAACCAACUCUCAGGUGCUUCUGGUCUCUUAUAGCCUAGGUUGUCCCCAGCAUCACUGUUUCAGGUGGAAGUGGCUGUGAACAUUUCCGUCGGACUAAAAGCAUAAAGUUGUUAAACAGGGAACUUCUGUAAAAUCCAGGAAGACUUCUUCCUGUUGAAAACCCUGAACCAGAAUUGGUAUUUUUCUACUGGCUGGGGCCCCUUGCUCCAGUGAGUGGGACGCGGGGUUUGACCACGUGUGACCACGCCCCCUCACACCUGCUCCUGUGGAACAGAUGUGUUUGUCUUCCUAAAGCAUUUACGACCGUUAUGACUGCUCAGAUCACAUUUUUUAAACCCGUAGGUGGAACCGUAGGUUAAACCCGUAGGUGGAAAUACCUCCCCUUUAAAUACCCCCGUGACUGGUUCAUGGGCGUAUUCUUUAAACCCCUUAAUUGAUUGAUUGAGCCAAUUAGAAGGUGAACAGAUUAGCAUCACAUGCCAAGAGAAAAUCGAAUAGGACCCGCCCCCUUUUCUUUAUAACAGGUUCUCUACUUUAAUUUAUCAUAUAAAAACGAAUUUGCAAAUCCCCAACCAAACUCAAGCUCAUGUAUAGAUUUAUGGAUCCUCUUGCCUGGGCUUCAUGGGGGGCAUUGUCCAGCCAGAUUUGGAAAUAAAGGCGUGUUUUAUAGCUAUGUUAUACGUAAAUCUACUGUUGACACUAACGUCCCCCCCCCAACCACGUUUCAAAUUCAAUUCACAAUUUUAUUUGUAUAGCCCUUAAUCACCAUUACAGUUUAAAAGGGCUUAACAGGCCAAAUAUUUUUGACACAUCCUGACAAAUCCGAGUUAUACUUGUAUAAGGUGUUGAAUGACUUGAUUACUUGUAUAUAUAUACAUAUAUAUAUAUACCACAUAUAUCUACCGAGCAUGGGGACUGCUGAAGCGAGGCGAGGUGCUGGGGCAGGACCCCUUCUGGGGCCGGUGGAGGGAUAACUCCUACUACAUUAGUACUUUCUUUGUGUUUUUCUUUAUCAGAAGCAGUCAAUGUUUUAUCCAACUGGUUGGAAGGAGAUCCGUGCAAAACAUAGCAAGUGUGUUUUAAUGAUUUUCAAUUGCAGUUGAACGCAUUGUGACUGCGCCUGACGCAUAAUGCAGACAUGUGAACCCAUGAUGAAAUAAAUACUUACAUAGAAUUCAUUGGACGGACAUUGGUUAAAUUUCAUUGAAAACGAUUAUUUACAUUUUUGAUGAAUUGCAGGAAAACAAACGCUUAUGUCUUGGUGCCAGAAAGUGAUGCACUAAUAAAUAAUUAAAUUAUAAAACCGAUACGAUUUUAGAAGCUAUAUGGCCAAUAAUUUAUAAAUUAUAUCCUUCAAAUUAUACAUUUUACUUGAAUUAAACAAAACAAAAAGCAUUAGACCAGUUUGAGGUUUGCAAUUAAGUUUAAUUCAUUAAUAAAAAAACAACCGUACAAUACACAAGUUUGACACUUUUAAUAAAUAAAUGAUUUCCCUUUCAAACAUA